AUGUUUCGCCGCGCUUUGCUGCUGCGGCACUCAGGGCGCUUGCUGAGCAGCGAGGCGCGGGCGCUCACCCUCGAGCAGGCGAUGACCUCCUCGCACCUCAUCCUGAGCGAGCUCGAGUCGCCGCAAAUGGUGCAGGCGAUGCAGGGCGCGGCGUCGCAGGGCGACCGGCUGCAAAAGUGGCAGACGGCCAACGCGGUGCUGAUCCAGGCGACGCUGCGCACGCUGCCGCAGGUCGGCUUCUCCGCCGACGCCGCCGGGCUGCACGCCUACACCGAGGCGUUUGCGGCGCAGGCGCGGAGCCCGCAGCCCGAGGUUCGCAGCGCGCUUGCCGGCGUCAACGUCUCCAAGUGGCGCACGCUGCUGCGGCACGCCUUCGGCUGCGACCCGGCGCCGCCGAUCGAGCGGAGCGCCGCGCGCGCGCUGGCGAUCGACAUGGUCGACGCGCUGCAGGACGAGGCGCUGCUCGCCGAGGUGGCGGGCAGCAGGGAGGGGCUCGGCUCGCGGCUCUCGGACCAGGAGCACCAGCUGCUGGUGGCGCGCGCGGUGGUCAACGUGCAGGCGGAGGUGAUGGCCAAGCACGGCUUCGAGGGCGACGCCGGCUUCGCGCAGGCGCAGGUCUGCCUGAUGGAGCACGCGCACGACGCCGUCGUCACCGCCUCGGUCGCCGCGGCGACGACCUCGCUCUACGCGCGCGCGGGCAUCAACCUGCAGGAGACGUUUCGGCAGGCCACCGGCGCGCAUUUCUCCUCCCUGCUGCUCGCCGACUCCUCCUUCCCCCGCAUGAUCGACGACUACCCGUCCUUUGGCGACUCCUCCCUCUUCGGCGCCAACGCCCACUACCCGUUCGGCCCGGUGACCGCCUCCGAGUUCAUCGCCCAGUCGCUCGUCGACGCAGGCGUGCGAACCGUUUACGGUGGCCACGGCGGCGCGCUCGUCCCGCUCGUCAACGCUGUCGUCGACCACCCGGAGCUUCUGUGGGUGUGCACUCGCAACGAGGCGAACGCGUCGCUCAUGGCGGCGGCCGACGCCAAGCUGCGGCUCGGGCUCGCCGCUUGCAUAGCGACCAGCGGGCCGGGCGCCUCCAACCUCGUCACCGGCCUCCUCGACGCGCACCUCGACCGCGUGCCGCUCAUCGCAAUCACGGGCACCAAGCCGCGCAGCGACCUGGCGCACUCCGAGUUCCAGGACAUCGACCAGUCGCGCCUCUUCGCGGCGGGCGGACUCAGCUACUCAGUCACGGUCUCCGACCCGCUGCAGCUCGUGGCGGUGAUGCGCGACGCUGUCGCGACGGCGCUCACGCACCACUGCUGCGUUCACGUCGGUGUGCCCGUCGACAUCCAGGGCGCGCUGCUCUCUGCGCCCGAGCACCUCUGCUCCGCCAACCCGGCCGAGAUGAAGCGGCGCGUCGAGGCGCAGAUUGGCGACCCGGACGACAUCGCCGGCAUCGCAGAGCUGCUCGCCUCGGGCAAGGAGCGAGAGCCUUCUUCUUCGCGCUCGGCCUGA